AUUAGAUAAUGUAUCGGUCUCAUCGUGGACUAUCAUUGACUGACUGAGUAGAUUUUUGUUUCAAACUCCCUCAUUUUUGAUGGCAGGACUUCCAGCUGUAGUUACCCUCACAGUUCAAAUAGCACGAGAUGAGAAUGGAAAGCUAUGUACUAACGAUAAAGUGGAGGCGACGGAAGCCUUACGAAAACUGGAAAAAGCAGGAGCCGAUGUGGUCGGCUUCAACUGUUCUCGGGGUCCCGACACCAUUCUACCACUCUUGGAGGACGCCAAGAAAGCUGGAAUUAAGGUUCCACUGGCAGUGUUACCUGUACCAUAUAGGACAACACAGGAACAACCCACCUUCAUGACUCUUACAGACACCAAGACCGGAAAACUUUGCUUCCCUGUUGACCUUGAUUGUCAUCUGUGCACUCGGAAUGAUAUCGUCAAAUUCGGAAAGCGCUGCGCCGAACUAGGCAUUCCCUAUGUGGGUUUGUGUUGCGGUAAUUCGCCGCACUACACUCGAAGCUUGGCCGAGAGUCUUGGUCGGAAACCCGAAGCUACCCGAUAUUCCCCGAAUAUGUCUCUCCAUGUGAUUUACGGGGCGGACGAAAAACUCAAUGCUUAUGAAAGGGAGAGUGCAGCUAAUAACAAUAACCGUUAAUUUGGUAAU